AAAAGGAAGUGACUCGCAAGCAGAAUAUGGGAGAGAGCCCCCUCUCUAGGAUGUGGUUCCCGGUGGUUCUCCUCCUCCCUCUCAGCGUGGUGGCAGCGGAGACAGGGGAUGGCGAAUGGGUGAAUCUGCCCUCCAAAUGUGAAGUCUGUAAAUACGUGGCCGUGGAGCUCAAGUCUUCCUUUGACGAAACGUCUCGCACUCGCGAGGUGAUCGAAACGCGUUAUGGUUUCCUGGAGGAGGACAAAAAGAAAAAGAAGAUUAAGUACACCAAAUCGGACAUCCGUCUGAUUGAAGUCACCGAGGGUCUCUGUCAAAGACUUCUAGAAUAUAAUUUACACAAGGAGCGCAGCGGAAGCAAUCGCUUUGCCAAGGGUAUGUCCGAGACGUUCCAGACUCUGCAUCACCUGGUCCAUAAAGGCGUGAAAGUUGUUAUGGAUAUUCCGUAUGAACUGUGGAAUGAGACGUCUGCUGAGGUUGCUGAUAUGAAGAAGCAGUGUGAUGUCAUGAUGGAGGAGUAUGAGGACGUCAUUGAGGAUUGGUACCGGAACCACCAGGAAGAAGACAUAACUGAUUUCCUGUGCGCAAGGAACGUACUUAAAGGUCAAGAUAAAAGCUGCCUGUCAGACGACUGGGCGAGUAAGAAGGGGGACACGGGGCUUUCAGCAGGAAAGAAAAAAGGAAAGAAACAAGGAGAAAAAAAGAAGAAAAGUAAAAAGGAAGCAUUGAGCGCAAACGAAGCGAUUGAGAAAGAGAACUCUGCGAGACACACGCUCCAGAAAAGAUCCAACGAGGAGCUCUAGCAGCAGCCGCUUCUCUGACUUUUACGGUUUCUCCUCUCCCAGCAGCUGCAGACUCAGAACAUUGAGUGGAUGUUCCUACCUCUUCGCCUUCUUACCUCUUCAUUUCUGUCUUCGCCCUCCAGCAAUGAUCUCUGACAGGCCGUUGGAUUAUUGAGAAGGGUUUCUGUUCCUUGCCUCUGACGCGUUUUUGAUCGCCGUACGCGCUCCCCCCCCCUGUUCUUUCCACGUAGAUCCGCAAUUUCCCAUUGGAAGACUGAACUUCCAGCUUUUUUUUGGAAAUCCACGAUGUGCCUGGGAGCCGAUCUCCUUAUUCUCUAAAUGUUUCUGGAAUCCUGAUACAUUUCUGUGCUGAUCUUGGAGUUGACGUCUGGGCUCGGCAUGUUGUUCGAGGUCUGCUCACCUUGGAUGAAGUGUUGCUUUAUAGGCGUUUUAACUGUUACUUAUUUUUAUACUGUGACUGAGUGCCCCAUGAGUGAGGAUGUUGCAGACUGUUGUCCAUGCUGUCUCCUGGUCUUAAUCACCUUCUUUCGUCUAUGUUGUCAUUGCCAUUAUGCCCACCCUCCUCUGCUCUGUGCUGGUGUC